CAUAUAGAAGCUUCCAUCGCAUUUUCUCCUAGGAUUACCGGGACUCCCUCAGCUGCAAACGGUCGAUAACUGCCUGCAUUUUCCAACCUGACCGCCAGCUCGGCGCUUGCCCGCCAGCUGUAACAUUUGCCUGAUUUUGAGACACGGACAAGUCUGAGGCUGUAAGCUCCCCGCCGGCGCUUCGGCAGGCCAUCGGUCGCAGCAACCCUUCCGCAACCGCGGAGGAAUUCCGCGCACUGGGACACAGCGCCCUUGAACGAGGGGCAACGUGCCAGUAAAUUUGCUUCCGCAGCUACUCGCAGCGACCUGAGUCGGGGCGGACUAGGGCCAGCCCCCACCUUCUGCGCUUGCCAGCGGCAGCACACGCCCUCCCGCGGAGAUGAGCGUCCGGCGCCAGCGCGGCAAAGCCGCGUUCCCGCCCGACCCCAACAACCUGGGCGGCGUGCAGACCAUCAUUGAUGAGUACCGCCACAUGCAGAACCGCAUCUACACCGCGCGCAACCAGCCCAGCUCGGCGCAGCUAGCGGCCGUGAAGCGCUAUGCCGAGGACAUGAGCCUGGCGGAGCGGCUCAGUCGCAACCGGGCGGCGCGGCGCUCGGCCGUGGACCCCGUGGCGCCGGAGCACAUCAGCCGCAUCUAUCACAUGCACAGGCGCAUCGAGGACAGCUACAGCAAGGCGGAGCGGCUGAAGGACCCCUGGGACACCACCGUGCACCCCGCCUACCUGCGCAGGCCCACCAAUGUGUACCAGGACAUGCUCAAGGAGGAGAUGCGGGCAUGGCGACCCAGCUCGGCGCCGGCGUGGGCGCGUGAGGAGCGCGGCGACAGCUACGCGGGCUGGAGCGUGCGGGAGUCGCUGGGGCACGCAUUCCCCAAGUCCCGCUACGCCGAGGCUCUGAAGCUGGCCGACCACGCCACCUACAAGAAGGCCAUCAUGGCGGAGGUGCUGGACAACAGGCUGUACAAGGAGGCCGACCUCAGGAAGCUGUUCAGGGCCUACAUCCGGCUGGCGCCGCUGGGCGACAAGGAGACGGUGGAGCGUGUGGUGGCGCAGCUGAAGCGCGAGCUGGACGUGCAGUAGCAGCAGCAGUAGCAGUAGCAGCAGCAGCCGCAAUAGCAGGAGCAGCAGGAGCAGCCCUGGACCCGCACGGCUGCACCCACGCAGCAGCAGCACCUCGUGGCCCCCGGCGGCCCGGCCCCAUGUGUAUUGGGGAAGGACAGAGGGAGAGGGCCCGCGGCGCCUUUUGUGUGUGUGUGUGUGUGUGUGUGUGUGUGUGGCGGGGAGGGGGGGAGCGGGCUUCUUUUAAUCAUCACGGCCUCAUCAUUCUCAAGGCAGCGAGCGGAGACGCCAGGAUGCAGGACAGGAUGCAGGACAGAAUGUAAUGGGGGCGGAGGCAUGGCCCUGCCGGGCAGCCAAGGCGUGCCUUGCAGCAUUGCAGCAGCUAGGUUGCUUCUGCCGUAGUAGCUGAGACGCUGUGUGUGUGUACGUCAACGCGUGUCGGCGUGUGUACGGAUCCGGCACUCCGGUGGGUCGGCGGGAGGAGCCGGCGGAGAGGAGUGUACGCAGGGGACCGGGGCAGUCACAGCUUGCGACUUUGCGAGCUGCUUGUGGUGUCAAAGCUGCUGCCACAUGCAGUGUGUGGCUGGGCGUUUGGGUUUGCACUUCGGCCCUUGGGCUUGGAACUUGGGGCUGCGAGCCAGGGGGGGGGUACGAACUAAACCUCCAGACCCCAUGUCCCAAAACCUCCAGACCCCCCCUCCGGACCGACUGACCGACCCCCACCACCGUGCAACCCCUCAAAACCCCCUCAAAACCCUUUGAUUUUUAGCCAGGUCGGUGUCAAUCGACUGCUCUCGGCGAGCUCUACAAUUGUAUACCUCCGGUUCAGCUGGAGGCACAACUUGACUGGCAGCCAUGCCACACAUGUCCAUGUGUCCAUGGCCGACCACCGACCCUUCUGUCAGACUACCGGGGCGUGCGCUUAAGCUUACAAUUGCACUGUACAUAUGAUGUUUGGGAUUGUGCGCCGGAAGAGAUUGGUCGACUUUCUCCUGGGAUCAUGUGAAGAAUCCCGGGAUUCAUGUCACGCUCGAUGGCCGGCGGCAGCCUUGUCGCCAUCACCCACACCAAGCCUUGGCCGUUACAAGUUAGCAUCAGUUCGCAUAGUCUCCAUGAUACCAGUGAGAGACGCUCGAGUGGGGCUCUACGCUACUACGAUGCCAAUGUGGACGGACCUGCGGCCAGAGGCCAAACGUUCUGCAAAUGCUUUAGUAUGUGCAUGUUAAUGUGUGCUAGUGCUUGUGCUAAUGGGCGGAGCGUUUAGAGGGGCGUUUAGGGCGCGGAGACGAAAUCUGGCAGUCCCACCCACAUCCGCGUGACGAAACCUUGGGGACCCCCAGCCCCGACGACCGACCCUGAACUUUGAGGGCCCAUAACUUUCCCGGCACUCCUGUGCCUAGGCUUGUGGCGUUGAGGCACAGCGGUGGGGCUCUGGCGGGUUGAGGCUUGGCUAGGACUCACUGUGCGCGGAGUCACACGGACUUUGCCCGCGGGAGGGUUUGCAGCAAAGUCGGGGUUGGGCCCUGAUAGCAUGUGAUGGCUCGGCGUCUUCGGGAGCUGGGACUGUCCCCUCUGUAACAUCCGCAUCCAUAACUUUGCAAUUACUACCCUGAUU